AAUGAAAUGAAUUGCAAAAUGUAAACUAUAGUCAAAUGCACGUGUUUAUUAUUAAUGUUUAUCAUAUUUACAAACCUUAUUAUGUUAUUUUUUAUUCACUUCAUUUGGAAUUUCUAAAAUACAAUUUAAAUUUUAAUCAUUUGUGUGCAUAUUUGUUCCUUUUGUGAAAUGUAGUGUUCUUUUGUUAUAAAAUAAUGGAUCAUUCAUCAAAAUUUUGGUUGUACACAAAAUACUUCGCUUUUUUUUGUUUUUCUUUCGUUAGCUUUGUUUUAUGUGCUCUGUUUUAUGUAUUAAAAUACCUGGUUGAAAGAUUAUUGCUCAUCGUUGCAAAAUGUGUUUUACGACAGAAAAAAGUGGAGAAUCGAGUCAAAGUUUUAUACUGUAGCCAGUAUUUUUUGGUAGUUAACAAACCUUAUGAUAUGGUGAUUAACAGUAACGAUCCAAAUAUGAAGAGCACACUGCAAUUAAAGUUAGGAAAAAUGUUUCCAAAACUAGUGAAUCCUAAUUUACGACACGAAUUUCAUUUCGUGCACAGAUUAGAUUAUGCAACGAGUGGAGUGAUUUGUAUAGCAUUAAAUAAACAAUCAGCUCAAGCUGCAUCGAAUGCCUUUGAAAAAAGAAAAGUAAAGAAGUAUUAUUUGGCCAUAGUGCACGGUCAUGUUAACAAACCUCAGAUGAUAAUCUCGAAACCGAUAGGUGACGAUGUAAGGGAAAUAAACGAGAGCCGAAAAAUGUGCACAAACGACAGUAUUUUUUGUCAAAAACCAAGAGAAUCUUCGACUGGUUUGUUGGUUCUUGAACUGGGUUUCGUAAAUAAUAAACCAGCUACCAAAGUCUUGUUAUAUCCAAAAACUGGCCGCAGACACCAAUUACGAGUUCAUUGUUUUCAUAUUGGCCACACAAUAAUUGGCGAUUAUACGUAUAGUGGAAAAAAGGAUACGGAACCUCAUAGAACUUUUCUACAUGCAUUGAGAAUAAUUCUUUACACCGAUUUGGAGGAUUUGGAUAUAAAGACGCCCGAUCCAUUUGACACUUUCGAUCCUCAAAACAAGUGGAAGCCUUCGAGAAUUAUAAGAACACUGGACGAAAGUGCUUUUUCAGAAAUCAACGAGUUAGUGCAAUCGGGUAUUUUAAUUUAAUUAAAUUAGUUUUAAAUAAAUUUAUAUACUUCUGUACAUUUUAAAAGGCGGUGAGAUAUCGAGAAUAUACUUAUAUAUAUA